UUGGCUCCAUGUGAGCCGCCCUCUUGUUUGUCAGGAUGAUUUCUUCACAGUGAAGGUGACCGUUGGAGUAAGUAAAACCAGCCGAGAUGGCUUGGUUUCGCAUAACGAGGAGGAUGCUCUGCGCUGCGGCAGAAACAGCCGCAGCUCCGGUCGCAAAAAGCCGCUGGGAGAGGCUGAAAAACAGUAAAGCCGGUGUGUGGUGUCGCAGUCUGCUGUCGGAUUACAAAGAUGCGUGCAAGGACAUGGUCGUCGGAGCCCGUGAGCGUCCACUCAAAGCCUCCGUGUAUGGUACUUUGCUAGGAGGGGCCUGGGCCUGUUUCCACACCAAACCAGACUGGUCGUCUUUCGAGGCAGUGCUGCUGGAGCGCUCCAACCAGCUGGCCCUACUUUCGCCCUGGAUCCGGAACGGAACCUCUGACGGCCAUGUUCAGAAUCUGGUCAAACUCCAUAACGAAGGCUGCCUUCGCCAUGCCAGCCUGGGCCUCCUGUCACUAGUGUACCGAGCAGACUACGACCCAGACACGGCACUGUAUGAGGCCCGCUGCUCCAACCUGUCAGUGCCCUGGAUGGAGCUCCCCCGGCGGCUGCUUGACGUGGGCUUUGUCGGCCAUUGGUGGAUCCUGGACUCAAAGAUGAAGGACUUCGAUGUAAAUGAGGAAGAGUUUAAGCAUCUGCCGGCACACAUGCAGGCCACAUCACCGCCUAGUGUUCAGGAUGUGGAAAUGAAUGAGAGGCUACACAAAGAGUCGUGGUUGGCAGUGAACGUGGAGGAUGAGGCCAAAGAGACUAAAACCAUGGAGGGGAACGAAGACAAUGUCAGUGGAGAGAAACAAGUUCAGAACAACUGAAAGGAAAACACAAUCAAUCUGAAAAACUGAGACAACUAAGACAAUAUAUUGAGGAAAUAAACUUUUAACAUCAAGAAAAUACUGCAAAAAGUACAGAAAAUGAGUUUUUUGAUGUCGCCUAUCCUGAACUCUCACUUUCAUGUCUCACAUCUGUUUACUUUCCUACAUAAAUAUACAACAGUAAUGAAGUAUACCAUAAUAAAUACCACUGUCAUAUA